UCAUUUUCUCUGUAGCUCUUUCACAGGCAUUGCUUCAUUUCAUAGCGAAAGAGAGAGAGAGAGUGUGUGUGUGUGAAGGAGAGAAAACGAAACGAAUCCGUGAGAGGAAAACAACAGAAGGAAACUUUGAAACUGCCAAGGGAGGUUUGUUUACAUGCGUGCAUAAACAUACGAUCAAGGCGAUAUACAAAGAUACGUUUCAUUUGCGUACCUUAGCUCUCGAGAGUUUGAAUUUUCUCGGAUUUUCCCGAGAUCGGGAAACGGACAAGAUAUAGAAAUCUAGCACAUCAAGACGGCGAUACGGAGACUCUUGAGUCUGUGACUGGAUCUGGUUACCGUUUGAAAAUCUCAGGUUUGACUAAUCCUAAUUGACCAGAGGAAUCAUAUUAUCAGAAGUUGGCUUUGUUCAUCUAGAUUAGGCAUUGAGUGAAGAAAUUUUCUUGUGGCUCUGAAAACAAAGGUUUGAUGAGAUGAAGGGAGCUAAAAGGUGGAGUCUAGGCAACCUAAGGGAUAUGGCGUCUUUGCCUGGAGCUCGCCACCGUGCUCUUACAAGAAGACGAGUAUGGAUCAUUAUGGUGCUUUCACUGAUCAGCAUGUUCGCUAUUGUCGCUUACAUGUACCCUCAUCACAGUAAACGUGCGUGUUAUAUGAUCUCAUCAAGAGGAUGCAAGGCUUUGGCUGAUUGGCUUCCACCUUCUCUGAGGGAAUAUUCAGAUGAUGAGAUUGCAGCUCGCGUAGUGAUUAGAGAAAUAUUGAGUUACCCUCCUGUCAUAAGAAAGAACUCCAAAGUUGCAUUCAUGUUCUUGACUCCCGGUACACUGCCUUUCGAGAGGCUGUGGAACAGAUUUUUUCAGGGCCAUGAAGGGAAAUUCUCUGUUUAUAUACAUGCAUCAAAGGAAAGGCCAGUUCACUACAGUCGUUACUUUGUCAACCGUGAAAUUCGCAGUGAUGAGGUAGUGUGGGGAAGAAUAUCAAUGGUCGACGCAGAGAGACGGUUGCUAUCUAAUGCUCUUAGAGACCCUGCAAACCAGCAGUUUGUUUUACUCUCUGAUAGUUGUGUACCACUUCGGAGUUUUGAAUACAUUUACAAUUACCUAAUGUACAGUAAUAUCAGCUAUGUUGACUGCUUUGACGAUCCAGGCCAACAUGGAUCAGGCAGGCAUAUGAAUCACAUGUUGCCAGAAAUUCCAAAGAAGGAUUUUCGAAAGGGUGCACAGUGGUUCACCAUGAAGAGACAACACGCUGUGGCAACUAUGGCAGACAGUCUUUACUACUCUAAAUUCCGGGAUUACUGUGGGCCAGGUAUAGAGAACAACAAGAAUUGCAUAGCUGAUGAACAUUAUCUGCCAACAUUCUUUCAUAUGCUCGAUCCCGGUGGCAUCUCUAACUGGACUGUAACAAAAGUUGAUUGGUCCGAGAGAAAGUGGCAUCCCAAAACAUAUAUGCCUGAGGAUAUCACACACGAGUUACUAAACAACCUCACGUCUACAGACACAGUCGUACAUGUCACAAGUGUUGGAAUGGGUGAAGAAAUAUGGAUGCCUUGUAUGUGGAACGGAAUCAAAAGACCUUGCUACUUGUUUGGAAGGAAAUUUCACCCGGAUACGCUCGACAAACUGUUGGAUCUAUUCUCAAAUUACACAAGAUCGGUCUCUUGGAAUUUGUGAUUACAAAGGGUAUUUCUUCUAUACACUCAGAUUCUUUGACCAACGUUUGAUUUCCCACCCACAUGAAUCAAAAUCACCUUUGAAGAGUAUUCUCAGAAAGAUCCAUAGAAGCUGUAACACUAGAAGUCUAGAAGCUUAGGGAGGUUUUGAGAACUUUUUUCAACUUUGAUGCUUCAAUUGGUUGGAGGGAGACGUUGGUUUUAUUUUUUCUCUACUCUGUUCUUUCGUUACAUGACAUCUCAUAUUGUUACUUCAACUAUUGUGAAAAAUAGAAUUUUCGAC